GUAUAGGUAUCGAAAUCAUCGCGUUUCAAAUUUUUUUUAACGGAUUAUGCUGAGAUCAUCGUUACCCGAAAAUAAUCAUCUAGUGUUCGAUGAGCAGCCUACAAAAAGCAAGACAAAAACACAUCUACAUACGCAUGCGAGUAAAACACCCGGAGACAAGUUUAGAAGUGGAGUGACUGUCCGAAACUUGGCUGAAUCAAACGCGAAUAAUGUUAAACCGCCUAACCGGUUUUUAUUUCAUCGAUCAUAUGAACAACAACAAAUUCAAUGCGGUGUAGAGAAAAUCUGCAAAUAUAAAAACUCAAACCUUUAGAAAAAUGGAAGUGACAGCCGAGGUGUAAUUUUGAAUAAAAAUACGGAACAAAAAGUUACCUUAUCCACUAUCGAAAUGGACAAUUUCGCAUUUGAAAAGGAGGGCAUCAAGCCCUUACCACGCAGAGUAACGCGGGUGGUCAGCAUGGCAGACAAUGGCAGGUCAAACCAGACGAUAUCUCCCUUGAAGCUGUCGUCAAGAUUCAAAACACUGUCCAAUGGUAUGGGAAACGUGCGUUGGCGAAAUGAUCCCGAAACAUUGGGACCUCAGCCUGGUGCAGACUUCGAGUACAUGCAAGUUGGACCCUCGCCGCCUGCAGAAAGUGUACCCAACUUGUAUGACAGCUAUGAAGAAACAUCGACGGAUGCAACAACGUUCAUAUGUAACGACAUAAUUCGGGUUUCCCUCAUGGAACAACUCCGAAAUGCUGGUGGAAGAACAGUGUUGCUUGAAAACAUUGAAAGCAAGCUUACUACUGCCGAAAAUUUACGAGACGUUUACGACGGUGCUACUAAUAUCGAAAAAAAUAUUAGUUUUCUUUGGACUGCAUUUUUGAAACGUUCAGAUUUGCUGGAAAAACUGAUAGAUGAUGGAGCAGAAUUGAUGUACUUUGACAACAGUGGGUUCACGGCUUUGCAUUUAGCUGCAUACAGUGGAUGUGCAGAGUGUACCAACUUGCUUAUUCAAAAAGGAGUUGAAGUCAACGUUCAACCAAAAUGCUUCACCCCAUUACAUUGUGCUGCAUUCGGAAAUGCGAAAGAAACUGCUAAAAUUCUUAUCAACAAUGGUGCAAAUUUGAACACGCUAACGAAGAAACUGAACUAUGAAGAGUCACUACUGCAUUGUGCCGUUAGAUCGAACGCUUUAGAUUGUGUGAAACUGUUCAUUGCAGAGGGGAUGGAUGUUAAUCUACUGGACAACAACGGAAGUAACUCGAUUCACUUAGCAUCAGACCUAGGACAUGCUCAGUGUUUACAAGCAUUAUUGGAAUGUCCUACAGCGGAUCCCAAUUUGAGAAUACAACAGAAAGAUAAGGAAACGACAGCAUUACAUCUAGCAGCAGAUGAGGGAAAUGUCGAAUGUAUUACAUUACUGCUCGCAAAGGGUGCAGAUGCUAGAAUUAAGAACCAUCGUGGGUUCAGCGCACUUCAUCUAGCUGCUCGUGGUGCUAGCUUAGAAUGCGUUGAAGCUCUUCUCAGAAUUGGCAAUGCCGAUCCAAAUGCUGAAGAUGGAGAUCACCGUACGGCCUUACAUACGGCUGUCGGGAAGGCCGAUACAGCAUUCGACAUUUUGGAGCUUUUAAUUCUGUGGGGGGCCAAUGUGAAUCAUAAAGAUGUUUACGGGUUCACUGCUCUGCAUCUCGCUGCUCUUGAUGGACUAGCCCAAUGUGUAGAAAUGUUACUCUUUCAUGGAGCUGAUGUUACUACUAAAACAAAAAAGGGCACUUCGGCAUUAAAUAUUAUAAUGCGAAAAACCCCAGCAUCUCUAGCCAUGAUAAGUCAUAAAUUAGACGCAGCUAUAUCGCUGACACAUUCCCAGGAGCAUUCCAAUCGCGAGGUUGAAUUAGAACUAGAUUUUCGAAGUAUAUUACAGCAUUGUCAUCCAAGGGAGAUAAGCUAUCUGAAUACAUUUGUCGACGAGGGCCAAAAAGAAAUUUUACAACAUCCUUUGUGCUCCGCUUUCCUCUACAUAAAAUGGGGAAAAAUCAGAAAGUAUUACAUUGCGAGAUUACUGUUUUGUUUCACAUUCGUACUCUUUUUAACACUCUAUGUACUAACUGCUCUCGCCCACAAUUGUUACAAUGGCAGCAAGGAUAUGAAAGAAACUAUCCAAGAACAAGAGCUAUGCCAAAAGCAAUCGAUACUGGGUGACAUGCUGAGAAACAACCCAUUUGUUAUGGAAAUGCAAUGGAUGGUUCUGGUUGCCAUUACUGUGGUGGAAAUUUGUCGGAAAAUUUACGGUAUCACUGGAUAUACGUCAUUUCGUCACUAUGUGACUCAAGCUGAGAACGCAAUUGAAUGGUUCAUUAUAAUAAGCGUUUUUGUCAUUUCCUACAUCUAUACAAAGCGAACUUACACCUGGCAAAACCAUAUAGGAGCUUUUGCGGUGCUGCUUGGCUGGACAAAUUUAAUGCUGAUGAUCGGUCAACUGCCGGUUUUUGGUGCAUACGUAGCUAUGUAUCGAAAGGUUCAAGUAGAAUUUGCCAAACUAUUCAUGGCUUAUUCAUGCAUGCUGAUUGGAUUCACCAUCAGUUUUUGUGUCAUUUUCCCCUCCUCUUCAUCGUUUGCAAACCCAUUCAUGGGUUUUAUAACGGUUUUAGUCAUGAUGACCGGCGAACAAGAUUUAGAUCUGCUAAUUAAUGAUCCAGAUGGAAAAGAUCCUCCAUUUUUAUUAGAAAUAAGUGCACAAAUAACAUUUGUAUUGUUUCUGCUAUUUGUCACAGUUAUAUUAAUGAAUUUAUUAAUCGGUAUCGCAGUACACGAUAUUCAAGGGCUGAAAAAAACCGCAGGCUUAUCGAAGCUUGUUCGACAAACUAAGCUUAUUUCGUACAUUGAAUCCGCUCUCUUCAAUGGCUGGCUGCCGAACUGGCUUAGAAGUUUGCUGCAUUAUACUGCUUUGGUUUCUCCCCAGGCAUAUAGGGUUGUACUGAGCGUUAAACCAUUAAAUCCAGGUGAAAAGCGUCUGCCCAGAGACAUAAUGAUGGCAGCAUACGAAGUAGCGAAGCAGAAAAAACAUGUCAGUCACACUGUAUCCAACCGGAACUCUACCGUAACAUUUUUGAAUUACAAAAAUAAAUUCGAUAGUAUUGGUGUAUUUGCGGUUGAUCGAUCGCGUGAUUCGGAUAAUGGAUUUGAAAAUGCUAGCAUUUGUACUUUGGCUGCCAAAAUCGAUGAAAAUGCCGAAAAGAUGGAUUCACUAAAAAAUGAAAUUCACGAACUCAAAGCAAUGCUUUUGGAAAAUCAAAGAGUUCUUGAAAAACUUUGUAGUUCAUUGCAGGAACGCAAGUCUUGUAAUUGAUAACAGUACGAGUCAUAACCGCGAUCAAUGGAUAAUAUUGUUUUGGAAUAAGCCCGUUGCAACAAGAAUCACACCUGAACAAAGUAUUAUAAUUAGAUUUUUUACUAAAACUGAUUGAUCUACACAUAAGGAUUGUGUAUGUGCGUUUGAUAUAGCGAAGGUUUGAAUGGAAAAGAAGUUAACUUAUUGCAGAAUAGCACAGAUAAAAAUAGACGAACAGGUAUUAUCGAAAAGCUAAGUACAGUUUGAAAUGUUAAUAGUGAGGGCUAAGAAUUAAGAUAUUAACGCAGCGUGUUUUAUGCAUUUUUAGCUUGUAGGUAUUUUGUUUACAAAACAAGGAAACGAAAAAAAGGCAAUAAAGUCAAAUACACAAUA